AUGGAAAACGACCCGACAACCCCCAACUCCCCUCACAGCAUCAGCUGGCUCUCCGACCGAACCCUCUCAAUCUGCACAUCAACCACAACCAUAGCAGAUACCCUAAGCCCAAUGAGCAUGUCCUCCGCAAGCAUAACACCUCUAGACCUCACCGAAUCCCCCUUCCCAAUUGAAUAUCCCAACAUCACCUUUCGCGAAAGCCCUAACUUCCACCCUCAUUUCCUACCCCUCCUUCGCCACCUCUCCUCCCACCUCUGGCCCCUCGUCAACUGCGAAACAGGCCUCCAACACCCGGACUUCCCACCAAACAUGCUAGCCUACAACCUUCUGACCUCGGAGCAGGUCGAUAACCUCGCCCGUCAUUUCCAUCAGGUCUACCCGCCUGUCCCUGCCACAUAUAAUUAUCCUGUUCAUAUUACCCCGUGGAUUGGCACGGCGGAGGAGAAGACCAUUGAUCUCCCUACGAGGGUGCGGAGGUUAGGGCGAUUUUUUGGGUUGAUGGGGUGUGAGGAGGAUGCGGAAAUGGAGGAUCAUGAUGAACAUGGGAGUGGUAGUGAUAAUGGGGAAGAUAUGAAUGGAGGUGAAGAUGAGGUGCUACGCCAGAUGGAGUGGGAGUGGCAGCAGGCGUUGCAAAGAGCGUAUGCUGAGGAGGGGCAUCGGUGGAACUUGAAGUGA